GAAGCGAGAGAGAGAGAGAGAGAGGUAUAUCGGUCUCGCUAUCUCCAAUGGCCAUUUCAAGUUCUUGGAUCACGGCAGCCUUCCUCGCCCUCCUGGUGCUCUCCUCCUCCCUUCCGCCCUCCGCAGCGGAGGGCAACGACGGAGAAGUGAAGGAGCCGGAUACCGACCCGGAGGCGGUGGCCGAGCCUUCCUUCGUCAUCACACUCGACGCCUCCAACUUCUCCGAGACCGUCUCCAAGCACGACUUCAUCGUCGUCGAGUUCUACGCUCCCUGGUGUGGGCACUGCAAGAAACUUGCUCCUGAGUAUGAGAAGGCUGCAUUGGUAUUAAGUGAAAAUGAUCCUCCCAUUGCUUUGGCUAAGAUUGACUGUAAUGAAAAUGUAAACAAGGAAAUUGCCUCAAAAUAUGAGGUCAGGGGCUUUCCCACGCUCAAGAUUUUCAGGAAUGGAGGGGAGGACAUUCAAGAGUAUAAAGGUCCUCGGGAAGCUGAUGGUAUAGUUGAAUACUUAAGUAAGCAAGUUGGCCCUGCAUCGACUGAAAUUAAAUCUACUGAGGAUGUUGAUAAAGUGAUUGUUGAUAAGAAAAUCUCUAUUGUGGGGAUAUUCCCUCAAUUCUCUGGGGAGGAAUUUGAAACUUUUAUUAAAGUUGCUGAAAAGUUACGAUCGGACUAUGAUUUUGGUCACACCUCAAAUGCAAAGCUCCUUCCACAUGGGGAUGAAACUGUAAAACAACCAAUAGUUAGGUUGUUCAAGCCAUUUGACGAGCUUUUUGUUGAUUUCAAGGACUUUCAGGCUGAUGCUAUAGAGAAAUUCAUUGAAUCUGAAAGUAUGCCAAUCGUUACUACUUAUGAUAAUGAUCCGACCAACCACCCUUUCCUUGUUAAGUUCUUUGACAGUCCCAAUGCCAAAGCUAUGCUCUUCUUCAACUUCAGCAGUGACAAUUAUAACACUUUCAAGUCCAAGUUACAUGAGGUUGCGAAGGACUACAAGGGGGAUAAUAUAAAAUUUCUGAUCGGGGACCUUGAUGCAAGUGAAAUGGCCUUGAAGUUCUUUGGCCUAGAAAAGGAUCAGGCUCCUCUUAUAAUCAUACAAGAUAGCAAGGGCCACAAAUAUUUUCAACCAAAUGUUACACCCGAGCAGAUUGCAACAUGGCUGAAGGACUAUGCAGUUGGUGGCCUAGAACCAUAUCGUAAAUCAGAGUCAGUUCCUGAAGUUAAUAAUGAACCAGUUAAGAUUGUGGUGGCCAAAAGUCUCCAGGAAAUAGUGUUCAGCUCUGGGAAGAAUGUUCUGCUUGAAUUUUAUGCACCUUGGUGUGGACAUUGCAAGAAACUUGCACCAAUCUUAGAAGAAGUAGCUAUCUCAUUUGAAAAUGAUGCAGAUGUGAUCAUUGCAAAGAUGGAUGCUACCAAGAACGAUGUUCCAGAUGAAUUUGCUGUUCAGGGUUAUCCAACAUUGUAUUUUGUUUCUGCCAGUGGCAAAAUUUCACAGUAUGAGGGGAACAGAACGGUAGAGGACUUUAUUAACUUUGUGAACAACAAUAAGGAUGUUAUUAGUCAACCUGGCUCACCUGAUUCUGUAAAAGAUGAGCUAUGAUCAAGGAUACAAUACCGGUCCCAAUUGGUGGUGGCUGACUGGCUGGAAUUAUAGGAUCUUGUAUCUCACCAAAUUGUCUGAUCUUGUGAUCUGUUUUCCCUUUUGUCGUGUAUGACCAAAAUUGUCUCUUGAGUAAUAAAACGUGCAUCUUCGGGACUUCA